CUGUUCCAAAAUCCGUGCAAACAUUUACCUCAAUAUAUGUAAUUCUCAACGACGACAGAAGACGACGAAAAACACAACCUAAGAAGAUGAAAAAGAAGACAAAAAAGACGCUGAUACAGAGAGGCACACCCAAAGCUGAGGAUAAAAUUUGAAACCCGACGUGUUUUAGAAGUGUCAUCAAGCGGAGAAAAAAGCAAACGGAAAAUGCGAUAACAGUUACAGGACAUAUGGCUCCUUCAUCUUCAUCUUCACCCUCUUCUUCUUCCUCCAAAUCUCCUCCUCCUCCUGCCUACCAAUCCCCACAGUUCACCCCUAUUCAAGAAUGCGAAAGAGAAGAGCACGAUCAUGAAGAUAAGCACCGCCCAACGCCGCUCCACCAGGCUCAGAAAAGCGCCAAACCCAACGCCAGGAAGAGCUCGGAGAACUCUGAUGCCGGCGGAGCGUCGGCCGGAGAGGACGGUUCGGUCUCGUGCAACAAGUGCCGGCCGCACGCGCGCGAGAAGAUCUCGGUGGUUCCACUGGACAACAGCGGCGUCAACAAGCAGUCUAAUUCGUCGAUGGCGAGUCCGAACGGUAUAUUCAAGUCGAUAUUUUCGUCGUUAAUUCGGAAGAGCCCAAGGCCGGCGACGGAGGCGCUAACGACGGCGAGAGAGGAGCAGUGGAAGAUUGCGGUGGCGGAGCUCUCGCACAAGGUGAUUCAGGCCACGAGAAAGAGAGACGAGGCUGUUCUUGAAUCUUCAAGGCUUAAGCACACCAUGGUUGAGCUUGAGAAGAAGCUCAACAAGCUCGAAAUCUAUUGCCAUAACUUGAAGUCCGGCCUCGAAGAAUGCAGUGUGCGGAAAGUGAACCAUUACAGCGUUAACGACAAAAUCAUUGAUCAUUUUCUGGCGUCGGUUUCGGAGGCUCGGUCGUCGGUCCGGCUUCUAAGCCGGUCGCUGGCUAUGCAACUCCGGCAAAUGGGCGGCAAAGUAUACGAAAGAAUUUCCGUUCUUCUCCAACCUUACGAUAUCAAAGUUUCGUACUCAAAGAACCCAAGAAGCUUGCUUUUCUACCUCGAGGCUAUUCUGAACAAAGCUUUCUAUGAAGACUUCGAGUCAGUUGGGUUUCAAAAGAGCGCCGUGACCCAUAUCCUGAACCCGAUUGAUCGGUGCGAGGCGAACUUCGAAUCCUUCAAGUUGCUCCAGAGACUGACAUGGGAGGAGGUCUUGAACAAGGGAACAAGACAUUUCAGCGAAGAAUUCAGCAAGUUUUGCGACAGGAAAAUGAGUGAAAUUGUGGCGAUGUUGGGGUGGAACAGGGCGUGGCCGGAGCCGCUCUUGCAGGCAUUCUUUUGUGCGUCGAAGAGUGUGUGGUUGGUGCACCUUUUGGCCACCUCGGUGCACCCGAGCUUGGCUAUACUUAGGGUGGACAAAGGGGUGGGGUUCGAUGGGGUUUACAUGGAGGACAUAGCUGGAGAUAGUGCGAAUAAGUUGGUUCCGUCAGUGGUUCGGAUCAUGGCUGCACCUGGGUUCUAUGUGUAUGGUAGUGUGGUCAAGUGCAAGGUUCAAUGCAGGUACUACAACAACAACAACAACAAUGAUCACAACAAACUGUAGUGUUGAAGGCAAGGGUUUAAUGAUCUUAUAUUAUAAUCACCUUAAUUAGGAAGGGCUUAAUUUAUGUGUUUAAAAAUGAAAUAUUUUGAUCUGUUUAUAAUACUUUUGCAGUUUUGCUUCUAA